AUGGCCAUAAAUUCAGAUACAGAUGUUGAAAACUUUUUAAGUACGUUUGAACAACUUCAUGACGAAAGGCAGAAACAAACUGCGGAAAGGAUGAAGUCAUUGGAAGAUCAGGUGAAUAUUGAAAGGGAGCUAUAUAAGAGGUCCCCCAAAAAGAAAAAGGUACCUCCGAUUGUUCCAAUGAAGAGUAAAUCUUUAUCUAGUAUAGUCGAGAAAGAUGGGGAUACGAAGGAUACAAUUUUUCUUUUGAAACCCACGGCGAGAAAAGAUACGAAUAAUUCAACAAAUAUCAAACCCUUUAGAUCCGAUAGGAAUGGGGAGGAAAUCCGGGAUUUUGAAACCUUUGUACAAUCCAUACAUAUAGAGACGUCGGCUGAUAUGAUUAAGCCAGGAAAAGGACCACGUGUGAUUCAUUAUAAUGAUUUGAUAAAGAAAGAAGCACGCCCAGAUCUCCCAUGGAAUAAACAUGCUCAGAUAGAGAGAAGGAGACCGGAUAAUGAUAGUAAAAACAAGAAAGUCAAGAUUAAUGAAGUUGAUUUGAAUAUUAAGGACGAUAUAUAUGCAGGUGAACAUAACGUAAAUAGGGAAACUGUAUCUUCAAUGAAUAAGCGAAGUAAUAGUGGUGAAAACAAAAAAGUGGAAAGACAGAGAAUGAGAGAAAAUGCUACGAAGGCACAGAACACACUUAAAUCAGUGCCAAAGCAAAAAAGAGAACUAGAGCAGAUGCCCAAUAAACGAAAACAAACGUUAAAGCCACAAUCAAGACCAAAGCCAAAGCCAAAACCAAAGCCACUAGUUUCUCUUAGACAUGUAAUACCCAAUAAAAAAGACAAUACACAAAUGGGAAAACGGGAGAAAGCAGAAAUACCCAUGCAUAAACUUCGGCCAGUUCCCGAAGUUCCACCUAAAUCAAAGGAAAUUCCUCAAUUUGUAAAGCAAUUAGAAAGUUUAAGGUCACCAAAACCGGCUGCAAAACCGGAGAAGGUUGUUCCUGAAGCAUUCACUCAGAUGAAGAAACUUCAAAAACCAAAGGUAGGUCCCAAACCUAAUUUAACUAUCCCAGAGGCUAUUGCGAAAAGGGAAAAUCUGAAAAAACAUACUAGUGUGUACAAAAAAAACUCGGCAGAUGCAGACGUUCCAGAGGCUUUGAAAAUGAUUCAGCAGUUAAAACUCCGAAACGACCGCUUUAAUGCGAAGAAAACGGACACAAGCAGGGUCAGAAUACAAGAAACAAGAGGUGUCGAAAACGGAGUUGAUGGAGCAAGUCAUAACAAAUUUAGAAACGCGGUCAAAACUGAAAUGAUGCCAGUGGCAUUACCGGGCAUGGUUAAAGCACAAACAAUGUCAUCCAUGCCGGAUGCAUUGGCUAGGAUGAUCAAAGGAAAAACUAUAACGACAAAUACGACAAGUCGCUCAAAAACAAUUGAUAACUCCGAUCUUAACGGAAGUAGUAAGAAGCUUCAUCAUCUGACAAAGAAUAGAGCACGUGGACCAAAAAGAAGAUUGCCACGAAAUUUGGGAGGGAAAAAUAGAGGAUCGAAUAUUGAUGCAGCACAAAAAAAAACACCACCGCCAAUCAAGCGGCCUUCGAGAAACAUUUCAUUAAAUUAG